ACGAAGAUAACCAGCUAAUGGAGACGCGACGUGUACUUUUGAACUACUGUAAUAUCCCAUGUACCAGCUUGAUAGUUCUCUAUAGCAGGAAUACUCCACUAUAGUUGAAGAUUUCUCGGACUCUACACCUGGCAAUAAUUUCUCUCUACUAUUAUUAAUUACUCACUACUAUUGGAUACAAAUAUUCUCCACCAUGGACUAUUACUCCACCAAAUUAUCACUCUAACCAAUCGGUGAAAAUCCACUAGCCAGCCUUGCAGCCUCCAUCUCCCUCCUUAACACCCUUAACAUCCUUACCUCCCUAAAUCCCAUCUCCCCUUACUUCUAUUACCCCCAUUAUCUCCCUCGCUUCCUCCCCAGUACUACAUAUAACCUCAUCCCACCCACGCGCACCAGACGCGUCCAUAACUCUUCUUCUCCUCCACUCUUUAUCCACACCAUGCUGUCCAGAUCCCUCAAAAGAGACAAGCUCAAUCAGCUCGUCCAGGCCAGAAAGGCUGGCUCCAGCAGGAUCUUGGCUGACGAUCACGACCUCGAAGACCACGGCAAAAUCUACGAUGAGGUCGACGACGACACCUAUAGACAGACCAAACGCGACCAGCUCAUGAACGACGACUUCAUUGUGGACGACGAUGGAGAGGGAUACGUCGACAAUGGAGUGGACGAGUGGGACGACUCCACUCGUCCCAACUACUACUCAGACGAAGAAGAUACUGCCAUUGGCAGCAAACGCGCUCGCAAACACAAGCCAAUCAAGGCGGCUAAGACAGCCCAAAUCAAUAACUUCUUCAAGCCAGCAGCAGGCCAGGUCACCACCAAAAAGCUUGAGACUAACAUCGACGACAUCAUUGACACUUACGACGACUCGGCACCCGUCAAAAGGCCCAGAAACGACCGCACCAACGUGUUUGCUGCCAAAAGUGCCCCCAAGAAGAGGUCCAAAAAAUCGGUUUUCAGCUUCUCCACCACCGUCAAGAGGGAAAAGUCUUCUCUGGUGGUGCUGGACUCCGCCAACGACACCGCAGACACCUCGAUGACCAUCCACGACCAACCGUCGUCGCCCAUCAAGACGUUGGAGCCGGAAGAGCCCAGCGAGAAGGAAAACAUCGACCCUGUGCAAGAGCCCAGCAAGGACUUUGACGAGUCGGACUCCGACGACGAGGUCGUCACCAGAAGACCACGAGCAGCUGGCUCUGCCAGAAACAACCUCGCGAGCAUCUCGGCGGUCAGGGCGUCCGAGCUUCCCUCGUCCUCUCCCUUGAAGUCAGGCUACAAAUCCCACACCCUGACCAUCCACACGGAAAAGUUGGACCCUUCCACGUUUGUGGGAGGCGAGGACGACUCCGACUCGUUCAAAAUGUUCUGGUUGGACUACUGCGAGGUCGACAGCAGCUUGCUUUUGUUUGGAAAGGUAUUGACCAAGGAAGGCACUCUCGUGUCAGGUGUGGUCCAGGUCAAUGGCAUUGCGCGUGAAUUGUACAUACUCCCAAGACCAUACCGUGUAAUUGACGGUGAGGAAGACAGCGACGAUCCCAUAGGGCCUAUGGAUGUGCAUGAGGAGUUGAUGCCUUUGCUUAUGGACAAGUUUGACUUGGACCAAAUCAAGGCCAAGCCAGAGAAAAUGAAAUAUGCAUUUGAAUUACCAAACAUCCCCAAAGAAACUGAAUAUUUGAAGGUGUUGUUACCGUUCAAAACCCCUAAGAAUCGGACCUUGACAUUGCCUUCCACUUUGCAGGGCCAGACCUUCUCCCACGUUUUUGGAGGAAACUCCAAGAUUUUCGAAGAAUUCGUGUUGCAAAGAAACAUCAUGGGCCCUUGUUGGUUGCAGAUAUCCAAGGGAAACUUCGGUGCUAUCCAGAAUACUUCCCACUGUCAAGUUGAAGUUGCCAUCGACUCGCCAGCAUUGCUCAAGCCUAUCACUCACAACAGUCCACCUCCCCCUAAUUUAACAGUGCUGUCUCUCUCGGUCCAAACAAUCAUGGAUGCGAAAAAAUCGAAACAAGAGGUUGUGGCAGUCUCAAUUGCUACUUACUACGAUCUUCCUCAAGACUCCCCCAUCGAUGAAAAACUUCAGCCCAGCGAAUUAAUUACCUUCAUGAGACCAGUGGGCUCAGUUUCGCAUCCACCUGGUUUGGAAGCAUUAGCACAAAAGCAGGGAUUUAACUUGAAGACUUGCCCUACAGAAAAGGUGUUGCUUAAUGCGGUUUCUGCUAUUAUCAAGCGUUCUGAUCCAGAUGUGUUUAUCGGUCAUAAGUUGGAAGAUAUCUCUUUGGAUGUGUUGGUCCUGAGAAUGUACGACUUGAAGGUGGACACCUGGUCCACGUUCGGUCGUCGUAACAGAAAGGUUUGGCCUCAAUCGUUUGCCCACAAUCUUGCUGGUAGUAACAAGGCCUUCCAGAUUAGGGAGAUUUUCCAAGGUAGACUCUUAUGUGAUAUUGCGAACGAGCUAGGUCAAUCAUUGACUACAAAGUGUCUCACCUGGGAGUUGCCAGAAAUGUACCAAGUUGUGUGUGGCAAGGACAUGAAGCCAAUGGAAAUCAACUAUUUGACUCCCAACUUCAAGGAAAAUAUCAGUAUGAUUUUGAUGGGCUUGACCGAGAAUUCGAAGAACGUUCAAAUCACUGCUGAAAUCGCUUUCAAUUUGCAGAUCUUGUCAUUAUCCAAACAGUUGACUAACAUUGCUGGUAAUGCUUGGUCUCACACUUUGGGAGGUACUAGAGCUGGUAGAAACGAGUAUAUUUUGUUGCAUGAAUUCAAGAGAAACAAGUAUAUUGUGCCUGAUAAGGAAACGCAAGCCAAAAGGCGUCAGGCCAAGGAUGAAGAAGGAGCACCAAAAAGAUCUAAAUACCAAGGUGGUUUGGUCUUCGAGCCCGAAAAGGGUUUGCACAAGAACUACGUUUUGGUUAUGGAUUUCAACUCGUUGUAUCCAAGUAUUAUUCAAGAAUACAAUAUUUGUUUCACCACUGUGGAUAGAGACGAUUACAAUAAGAACCCAAGUGACGAAACUGAAAGAAUCACUUCUAUUCCUGAAAAGGAUGCUGCUGCCGGUGUUUUGCCCAGAUUAUUGAACACUUUAGUUACUCGUCGUCGUGAGGUCAAGAAGCUCUUGAAAGACCCCAAAAACACCCCAUUCCAGAAGGCUCAAUAUGAUAUCAAGCAGCAGGCUUUGAAAUUGACUGCCAACUCUAUGUAUGGUUGUCUUGGUUAUGAGUAUUCCCGUUUCUUCGCCCGUCCCUUAGCCUCCUUGGUCACCAAUAAGGGUAGAGAAAUCUUGAUGGAUACCAGACAAUUGGCUGAAUCCAUUGGUUUGAAAGUGUUGUACGGAGACACCGAUUCCGUCAUGAUUGACACUGGUGCUGAUAAUUACGAAGAUGCCAUAAAGGUCGGUGAAUCUUUCAAGGUACUGGUCAAUGAAAGAUACAAGUUAUUAGAAAUCGAUAUUGAUAACGUAUUCAAGAGGUUGUUGUUACAUGCUAAGAAGAAGUACGCUGCAUUGAAUGUGAUGAUCAACAGGGCCACCAAACAAGAAGAAACAGCUCUUGAAAUCAAGGGUCUCGAUAUGAGACGUCGUGAGUACUGUCAGCUCUCCAAGGACAUUUCAAUGUUCAUUUUGAACAAGUUAUUGUCUGAUUUGGACCCCGAUCAGGUCAUGAACGAGAUUUGUGAUUACCUUGAGCAGACUUCAAAACAGAUCAAGAAUAACGAGAUCAAAAUCGACAAGUUCAGAAUCAGCAAUAGGCUUUCCAAAGACCCCAAGGACUACGCCCAAGGAGCCAAUAUGCCCUCGGUACAAGUAGCGUUAAGAUUGAGAGCAGCAGGUACAGUGGUGAAGCUGGGUAACGUUAUGUCGUUCGUGAUCACUGCUACUACUGGCAAGGAUGACAACCUGUCCCCAGCUUCCAGAGCUAGACCUAUGCAAGAGAUAAUGAAGAACCUUGCGUCAAUGCAUCCAGACCCUGACUUCUAUUUGGAGAAGCAAAUCAUGGGUCCUGUCACCAGAUUGGUAGAAAGCGUGGAGGGUGCAGAUAUCUCUAGAAUUGCAUUGGCUUUGGGUUUGGAUACUCGGAAGUUCAGCUCUCGAGGUGACGCUUCUUCUGCUGUCAUUCCCUUGGAAUCCAAUAUUUCGGACGCCGAUAGGUUCUUGAACUCGAGCUACUUGGUGUUGGAGUGUACCUGUGGAAACAGAUUCAGAUUCGGAGGAAUCACUGCCUCCAGCAGCUACAAGGUGACCUCACACGGGAUCGAGUGCUCCAAGUGCCAAACAGUCUUUUCAGGCAUCAAGGUGGCUGCCCAAUUGGAAAGAGCCAUUCGUACCCAUAUCUCGUUGUAUUACGCUGGGUGGCUCGUUUGUGAUGAUGCUGCGUGUGGAAUCACUACCAGACAGAUCUCUGUCUAUGGAAAACGGUGUAUUGGAGCCUCAGGCACUGCCCACGGCUGCAAGGGUGUGAUGAACUUCAAGUACACCGACAAGGCCCUCUACAACCAAUUGUUGUACUUCGAUUCCAUUUUCGAUGUGGAGAAGGCAAAGCAGAUGAAGUUGCGCCCCAUUUACAACAGCUACGACCAGGACAAGGUGCCGGAGCAGUUAUCUUCGGCAUCAAUCCACGCCUUGGCGGAACACAACAGACACUUGCUUGAAACGUGCGAGGGAGUGGUACAGAAGUAUUUGGUGGACUGUGGCAGACGUUACGUCAACAUGGGCACGAUUUUUGGGUUUAUGGGCUGAAUGAAUGCACAAGGUAUAUAAUGUAUAAUAUAGAACAAACG